AUGUUGUCCACAAGCACCCUCAUCAGCCUCACCGCCUUCCUCAUCAAGCCCCUGAUGACCAUCUUCGGGCUAUGUCUCGCACUCGAGUUCGUCUUCACCGUACUCACUCCCCGCCGCAAGAAUGGCUCUCCUCUCAUCGCCCUUCUUACACUCCUGCCACCAUGCACGCGCAUUCUGCUGACUCUACUCUGGUACACACUGAUCUGGGCCGCAUGCACCACCAGCUUUGUCGUUCGAGCGAUCGUCUACAAGCAGAAGCCCACGCCACGUUUCGCCUUGCAGCAGUACCACUCCUAUAAGCGCGACCUCGAGGGCUUUGCCACUGCACACGCAGCCAACAAGCCAUGGAGCUUCGCCUCGAUCUCUGACCUCAUCACUCUGGCAAUCCGCGGCCCCUCUGACAUGUAA